CUUGACAACAUGGAGGCGUGGGAGCGAGCCCUCGACAUAUGUAUGAAUAAGUAACGAGGAAGGUCGCAAAUAAAGACGUGGGAUUCAACCACAAAAAAGCUCGGUCCCUAAAUGAAUGGUUUAUUCGUGGCUGCCUUGCGCCACCUACAGGCAAGGCCCUACACUUCCUUGUAAAGCCCUACAAGCACAAUACACACAAAACAAUCAUGGCGGAAAAUGCGACCAUGGAGUCUAUAACGGAGCACGAACGGAUUUUACAGGAAAUUGAGAGUACCGACACGGCUUGCGUCGGCCCCACGCUUCGAUCAAUCUACAAUGACCAGCCAAAUGCACACAAGCGCUUUAUGGAGAAGCUGGAUGCCAGGAUAAGGAACCAUGACCGUGAGAUCGAGAAGAUGUGCAAUUUUCACCACCAAGGCUUUGUGGAUGCAAUUACAGAGCUGCUCAAAGUCCGCACAGAUGCAGAGAAACUUAUGAGCCAAGUGACGGACACUAAUCGAAGACUGCAAGAAGCUGGGAGAGAGGUAACAGCCCAGACAGAGGAGGUGAUUCGCUGUCGGAUACAACAGCGGAACAUGACCACCACUGUGGAGAAACUACAGCUCUGUAUACCAGUUCUAGAAAUGUAUAGCAAACUAAAGGAACAGCUGGAAUCAAGAAGAUACUACGCUGCACUGAAAACCAUGGAGCAACUGGAGAAGGUCUACAUCCCCCGAGUUAGCCAGUACAGGUUCUGCCAGAUCAUGGCUGAAAACCUGCCCAUUCUGAGAGAGGAGAUAAAGGAGAUUUCCAUGUCUGACCUGAAGGACUUCUUGGAGAGCAUAAGAAAACAUUCAGACAAAGUUGGAGAGACUGCUAUGAGACAGGCACAACAACACAGGACCUUUAACAGUGCCGUAGUGAGGCAGGCCGGUGUAGGCCACUACACUAAGCCUUUGUACUCCCUCAACGGACAAACACACACGCACAACAGUCACACGAUGGAUGAUGAUGCAGAAUAUGACGACUAUGCUGAUGAUGAGAUUCUUACAGCUCAAGACCUUGUAGACUUCUCACCUGUUUACAGGUGUUUACACAUAUAUACUGUGCUGGGAGACCGAGAAACAUUUGAAAAUUAUUACAGGAAGCAGAGGAAAAAGCAGGCCAGGCUUGUUCUGCAACCACAGGCGAAUAUGCAUGAAACAGUCGAGGGAUAUAGACGAUACUUCAAUCAGAUCGUUGGGUUCUUUGUUGUGGAGGACCAUAUCCUCCAUGCCACCCAGGGCCUGGUGACGAGAGCUUUCACUGAUGAGCUAUGGAACAUGGCUCUCUCAAAGAUCAUCGCUGUGCUACGCACGCACUCUUCAUACUGCGAGGAUCCAGACUUGGUCCUAGAGCUGAAGAACCUUAUUGUUAUCUUUGCUGACACACUACAGGGUUUUGGGUUCCCUGUGAAUCGGCUCUUUGACUUGCUGUUUGAGGUCAGAGACCAGUACAAUGAAACUCUGCUGAAGAAAUGGGCACUGGUAUUCAGGGAGAUCUUCGAAUUGGAUAACUACAGUCCCAUACCCGUGGAAACAGAAGAGGAGUAUAAACUGGUAGUCAGCCGUUUUCCCUUCCAUGAUGCUGAGGUAGAAAAGCAGGACUUUCCCAAGAAGCUGCCGAUGUCUCAGUCGGUCCCACAGAUAUAUAUGCAAGUGAAAGAGUUCAUUUAUGCCAGUCUCAAGUUCUCUGAGUCGCUACACCGCAGUUCAACAGAGAUUGAUGAUAUGUUGCGAAAGUCAACCAACCUGCUGCUGACAAGAACACUUAGCUGUUGUUUGCAAAACCUCAUUAAGAAGCCACACAUAGGACUUACUGAGCUGGUUCAAAUCAUCAUCAACACAACCCACCUGGAGCAAGCCUGCAGGUAUCUUGAGGAGUUUAUAACAAACAUUACCAACGUGUCCCCUGAAACAGUACACACCACAAGACUUUACGGCUUGUCUACCUUCAAGGAUGCCCGACAUGCAGCAGAAGGAGAAAUUUACACCAAAUUGAACCAGAAAAUAGAUGAGUUUAUCCAGCUGGCAGAUUAUGAAUGGGGCAUGGCGGAGUCAGAUGGCCGGGCAUCUGGCUAUCUCAUGGACCUGAUAAAUUUCCUGCGAUCCACGUUUCAAGUCUUCACACACCUCCCGAAUAACAACAAUGAACAUCCAUCAAUGUCGUUGUCUCUGCAGGGUAAAGUGGCCCAGACAGCUUGUAUGUCAGCCUGUAAGCAUCUGUCCACAUCACUAAUGCAGAUGCUGCUGGACACCGAACUGAAACAGAUCAGCAUGGGGGCCAUCCAGCAAUUCAACUUAGAUGUCAUUCAAUGUGAAUUGUUUGCCAGCUCAGAGCCGGUCCCAGGUUUCCAAGGAGACACACUCCAAUUGGCUUUUAUCGACUUAAGACAGCUCCUGGACCUGUUCAUGGUAUGGGACUGGUCAACAUAUCUUGCAGACUAUGGCCAGCCGACCUCCAAGUACCUCAGGGUGAACCCAGCCACAGCGUUGGCUUUACUCGAGAAGAUGAAGGACACCAAUAAGAAGAACAACAUCUUCUCCCAGUUCAGGAAGAAUGACAGAGACAAACAGAAGCUGAUAGAGACUGUUGUCAAACAACUGAGGAGUCUGGUCAGUGGCAUGUCUUCCUAAAGUCCUGAGUGUCAGUGAAAGUGCCACUGACAGGACCAAAGAGGCCAAUGAACCAGGCGAUGUCACACUUCCAGUUGAAUCCAGAGCUAUUUGGAUAGUGAUUGACUUGUACACUUCCAGAAUGGAUUUGAAAUCAAAUAUUUCAAAUAAUGUCAGGACAGGAUUGUAGUGCAGACUUUCAAAUUUCACCAAAUAUGAUAUCUUAAAUCUAAUUACUUCUGUUUAAUAUGUCCAUUUUGAAGGUAUAAAUAGUAUUUGGAAAAUUUACAUAUUUGUAUAUACACCAUAAUUUUUAUAUUUGAAUGAAAUCAUUUGGAUUAUUUGCUGCCAGUCAUCAGAAUGAUAAAAUCCCCAAAUACGUCUGUAUCUAACUGUACAUUAUUUGGACCCAGAGGAUGAGAGGGUAUACGUGUACAUACGACGCACCAAGAACAGCAAUACACAUUACAAGGUGUGCAGGGAACAUACUUCUUUCUAAUACAACAUACAGUACACAACACCAGUUGGUGUUAUACUAAAAAUAUGACAGUUUUAUUGUAACAGUCACAUAUUUGCAAACCAUUUUAAUGGCUAUGAUGAUAAGACAAAUGAGUUUUUUUUGAAUGAUUAAAUCUACAGCUUCAGUGGGACAGUGAUGUCACUGUUUGCCCAUGUUAUUUUUAAAGCCACUGAACGUGGAUUAUUUGUUUUUUAGAGGGUUUUCAGCAAAACAAGCCAUCAAUUGGAAUGUUAUUCAUCUAUUAAAUGCAUCAGAUCAACAAGUAAACAAAAUACAGCCAACUUUGUUUUGAUUGGUUUUUAAACUGUUGCUGAAAGAAAUCAGGCAAACAAGGCAACAUGCUGAUCUCUUUAAGACUUACUAUUGUUUACAAGUGUGCUUUAUACUUUUACGACAUCUAAGAAGCUGUAAAUGCAUAAAUGUAUUCAUGCAAACAAAUGGCCAUACUAAAGCACUUUGAAGAUGCAAACUUUUUGAUUUUUUUGAAAAAUGAUUGUUAUUGUCUGUAUUUAAAUAUCCAAUUAUAAAUUCAGAACAUUGUCAUUGUGUCAGUACCUAAUAUGUCAGUAGAGUCUGUCUUUGUGAAUGUGGGCCAACUCCUCAGUCAGGAAAGAAGCAAUUAGCAGUCCUCGAAGUAGCUAACUCAUGGCAUAGUCUAAUUUGCAUAAUUUUCCAAUUCCUUUAGAACUGGGGUGUCAAACUCAUUUUAGAUCGGGUGCCACGUGGAGAAAAAUCGACUCCCAAGUGGGCCGGACUGGUAAAAUCACGGUACGAUAACUUAAAAAUAAAGACAACUUCAGAUAGUUUUCUUUGUUUAAAGAUAGAACAAGCACAUUCUGAUAUUGUACAAAUCAUAAUGUUGUUGUUGUUGUUUUUUACACUUACCUGUUGCGGUUAAUAGUAUAUAUACUUUAUUUGUCGUUAUUUAUAUUUUCUGAAUAAAUUAUGUGAUAAUGUUCAUCAGUCAACUCAUUGGUGUUCAUUUUCAAUCUAUAAAGAUAAAAAAAAUAUAUAUCAAAAUCAAAUUACAGGAUGUUAUUUAUGUAGUUUGAUAAUUUUCCUCGACUGAUGUGCUAAGAUCAUGUGGUUUACUUUGUACAUAUGUAGCAUCAUACUUUGCAAACUCAUCCCGCGGGCCGGAUAAAACCUGUUCACGGGCUUGAUCCGGCCCUCAGGCCGUAUGUUUGACGCUCCUGUCUUAGAGCAUACAGCCUGCCUUGGCGAAGGUGUUCUCCAAUUUCAGAUCAACAUUUGCAAUAAAAGUAACUUACUGUAUUACGCAUUGUUUAGCUCCUGGUCCAAAAACACUUCCUGUCCGCCUUUAAUUUCCAUAGUUUGUGACAAAGGAAGCUAACAAGCAAAAGUUGUGUUUGCUCACUGGGUGCUGACUCUAGAAAAAGUGUUUUAGUCUUUUAGCAGAGAAAAAAAAAUCACCAUUGGGGUCUGAAUACAGAAGACGACAUCCUGAGAGACAAAAUCAGUGGUUGUGUGUCAUUUCCAGUAAGACUGUUUUAAAUAAAUGACUGAUGCAUUAAAUCAAACUCAAGGUCUGUGGGCCAGACCAAGAAAAGGUUGUGAACAUCUUGAAUUUAUUUUAUGUAAAGAAAGGAGGUUUUGGCUUCUUGAAGUGAUUCUGCACAUGGAGUACAUCCGCGAUGUGUCUCCACAGUAGGGCUGCACGAUUAAUCGACAUCGAGGGUUUUAAUUUGUGCGAUUACGAAACCUCAAGUGGUGAGGGUUUUUUUUAUUUUUAUUUCUCCGCUGACACCGGCAUUUGAGUUACAGACAUCUUCGCCAAUUGUUGAGCCUCGCGUCCUUUGCUUACUGACCAAUCAAAAGUGUUUAAGGAAACAGCAUGUUUGUGUGCGCUGCAGUGGAGGCAGUGUGCACACUGUUAA